UGCACUGUUGCGUGGGGCGGGGUAGCUGGUGGGCCCGGCCCAGCACGGUUGGGGAGGGGGUGGCUGGCUCCGCUGUUGCCCUUUUAAAUGUGUGAGAGGGUGCUGGAGGCUGGUACAAAGGGAGCUGCCGCCGCUCCUGCUCCCUCCACCGGCUCAGGCUGCUCCCCGCCAUCUUCCGCCCAGCAGGCGCGGCCGGGUCAGGCCGGGCCGGAGCCGAGCUGCGCGGGGCGCGUGAGGCGAGGUGGCGCAGGCCCGGGCCCGGAGAUGAGGCCAGGAUGUCGGUGUCAGGGCUCAAGGCCGAGCUGAAGCUCCUCGAGUCCAUCUUCGACAAGGACCACGAGCGCUUCCGCAUCGUCUCCUGGAAGCUGGACGAGCUGCACUGCCAGUUCGUGCUGCUGCCGCCGCCGCCGGGGAGCAGCCCGCCGCCGCCGCCGCCGCUCACCAUCCACUGCAACAUCACGGAGUCUUAUCCCUCUUCAUCACCAAUAUGGUUUGUGGAAUCAGAUGACCCAAACCUGACUUCAGUGUUGGAGCGAUUAGAAGAUAUUAAGAAGAGCAAUACUCUGCUUCUUCAACAACUGAAGCGAUUGAUAUGUGACCUCUGCAGAUUAUACAACCUUCCUCAACAUCCAGAUGUUGAGAUGUUAGAUCAGCCAUUACCAACAGGACAGAAUGGAACGACAGAAGAAGUAACGUCGGAGGAGGAGGAGGAAGAAGAUAUGGGUGAAGAUAUUGAAGACCUAGAUCACUAUGACAUGAAGGAGGAAGAGCCUGUUGAUGGAAAGAAAUCUGAGGAUGAAGGCAUUGAAAAAGAGAACCUUGCAAUUUUAGAAAAAAUCAGAAAGAAUCAAAGACAAGACCACCUAAAUGGUGCUGUGUCUGGGUCAGUCCAGGCUUCAGAUCGGCUUAUGAAAGAGCUCAGGGAUAUAUACAGAUCACAGAGUUAUAAAACAGGGAUUUAUUCAGUGGAACUUGUAAAUGACAGCCUGUAUGAGUGGCACGUUAAACUUCUAAAAGUUGAUCCUGACAGCCCGUUACAUAGUGAUCUUCAGGUCUUAAAAGAAAAAGAAGGUGUAGAAUACAUUUUGCUCAACUUCUCAUUUAAGGAUAAUUUUCCUUUUGAUCCACCCUUUGUGCGAGUGGUAUCUCCUGUGCUCACGGGAGGGUAUGUCCUGGGUGGGGGUGCAUUAUGCAUGGAACUUCUUACUAAACAGGGCUGGAGUAGUGCCUAUUCAAUAGAAUCGGUCAUCAUGCAGAUCAAUGCCACUUUAGUCAAAGGAAAAGCCAGAGUACAGUUUGGAGCCAAUAAGAACCAAUAUAAUCUAGCAAGAGCACAGCAGUCCUAUAAGUCUCUAGUACAGAUACAUGAGAAAAAUGGCUGGUACACUCCUCCAAAAGAAGAUGGUUAAUAUUGUGGACUGUUGUACACCUGGACCAAUGUCAAACAGCUCUUUUUUAUUUCUUUCCAACACACACACAGACUCAAGCUACGAGUGCCCCUAUAACAGCUAUAGCUGAAGACUUUAGCUAUUAGAUAAGUUAGUGGAUAAUCUGUCAACUGACACAUCCAGUAUAAUUUACAGCCUUACCAUUUUGCUCUUAUUAGGUAUCUUGGACUGAGCAGUUUUGGCCUUUACUGUAUUUGUCCCUAUGGAUUAAGCAUAUUUGGGCCACUCCCUCCCUUCUCCAUUUUUGUUUAAAAGUAAAAACUUUUUAAAGCUGGCUAUUGAGUUACUAAAAGAUCAUCAUUCAAUAGGAGUCACUCACUACUUCUUACCUUUUGCAGAAUGUGGACUGCAGAGACUUGCAUUGUAAUGUUUCAUUUAAAGCCAACAAAGUUUAAUACAUUGUUUAAUACUGUUUUAGGAAAUUUCAGGUCUUGUAAAUCACAGUAGUUUUUCUGGUCUAAAAUGAAAACAUUUGUAGUAUUGCCAAAUUAAAGAUAUAGGAAAACAACAUGUAUGUUAAGUCAUUAAACUUUUUUCAUGGCUGUGUGAGGAUAUGAACUGUUUCUUGGAAGAGAUACUCUUUAUUAGAUUGUUGUAUUUUUAAGCAGAGCAAGGCUGUGCCAAUAAAACCUUGUAACUAGUCACUUCCACUGGGGCAUCAGAAUCUUGCUGGGCUGUUUCUGCUACUUGUUGGCUCAAGCUACUUAACAAAAGGAGCCACAGUAUGAAGCUUGAAGUUAUUUAAGAUACUAAAAAUCUUUUUAGGUGUUCCAUUUUAUUAACGGGUUGUUGCAAUCAUUUGUAAACUAAUGAACUUAUAAAGUGAUUGGCACAAAUCAAAAUGAAAAUCCUUGAACAAAAGUUUUUAUAUAAAAGCUACAAUAAAAUACAAAAAAGACAUCACCUGAUUCAGAGUUGUAAAAAUAAUGUUGCCAUAGUCAUGACAGUGCUUUUUGUUAUUGAAAGACUAACAGGAACUAUUCUUUCAUUAUUAGGAAAUGAAUCUGGGUCUGUGUAAUUACUAUAUUUCAUUGCCUUACCUAAAUCAAUUCUAUUUUGGUUGUAGUAUUAGUGAUUAGACCUUUGUACUGCCAGGGAUUGAUAUAAGGGUGUGUACCAUGGAUUAAGCACUUUUUUAGCCCAGAAGCAUGUGGUUUUUAGUUACAACUAUCAAAUCUGUGCUCUUGUUCUUUUCUCUAUCAGGCACCCAUGGGCCUUUGUGCAUUUAUUUGCUUCUAGAUCCAGUUUUUAAGCUUGAAAGAACAGAUUGAAGGAAUUUGGCACUACUCCUGAUACGUACUGUUUUGUUUCAAAUAGUCCUUCUAGGGAGUAUAGUGGAUGACUUGCCAGCCUUUCUGCUUACUUGGUUGUACAUAUAUUCAUAUAGAAUCCUGAUAACCAAUUGCUCAGAUAGCAACCUUAAGUGAAAGGCAGAACUCUUUAAGCAUUAAAGUUCCUUAAAACCUGAGGCUAAAAUCUUUGAAUACAUUAUUGAAUUCUUUAAUAUUCUAAUGGGCUAGCAGGUUGACAGAUGCACAUUUGGCAUGCUUUGUUUUGGAUUUCAUUUUUCAUUGCAGAAUUAUUUGGCAAUGUACAGUAAUUUGUAAACUUGCAUCAAGUUUAUGAAUAAAGAACCAUUUUAAGAAUUA